GUUGGCCCCUUACCGCCUCCCAAAUCCGAACCUGGCCUAGGAUGUUUUCAACCAGUUAUUAGUCUCAAAUCCCUUCCCCGGCUCUCGGGCCCUGGCGUCUGGGUCGCUCCUCAGACCAUCCAUUCAUGUUUAAUUGAUGCCUGCCUGCUUCACGUCGGGCGCCUGGGUUGGAGAGAGGAAAAAGAUCCCUAUCAUCCCCAAACUGGCUUUCUGGGAGGGGAACAGACACGCAGGCCUGCCACUGCACUUCAGAGUGAUAGUUCGCUCCCAGGACCCUGGACAGCGGCGGGUGCUCGACCGGGCUGCCAGACAGCGCCGCAUCAACAGGCAGCUCGAGGCCUUGGAGAAUGACAACUUCCAGGACGACCCCCAUGCAGGACUCCCCCAGCUCGGCAAAAGGCUGCCUCAGUUUGAUGAUGAUGCAGACACUGGAAAGAAAAAGAAGAAAACUCGAGGCGAUCAUUUUAAACUUCGCUUCCGAAAGAACUUUCAGGCCUUGCUAGAGGAGCAGAACCUGAGCGUGGCCGAGGGCCCCAACUAUCUGACAGCCUGUGCGGGUCCCCCCUCCCGGCCUCAGCGGCCCUUCUGUGCCGUCUGCGGCUUCCCCUCCCCGUACACCUGCGUCAGCUGUGGCGCCCGGUACUGCACGGUGCGCUGUCUGGGCACCCACCAGGAGACCAGGUGCCUGAAGUGGACUGUGUGAGCCUGGGCGUCCCCAGAGGGGAAGGCCCUCUGCACCCCACCUCAGCCUCGGAGAAGGCUUGGCCAAGGAGAGAGCUGCUCUUCUGGACCGAGAGAGGAGCCGUUCACUCGCCCAGCAAAGCUGUGUCCUACCUGCCAGGGAAGACAGGCCUAGUCCCGGGGGCUGUUUGGGGGGAAGUGGGCUGGGCCCUCAGCGUGCCGUUGUAAUAAAAGGUGUCAUCCGAGGAGGAACCUG